UCAAAGUUAGGCUCCACCCCAUCAGCGUAUCCUGAGUUGAAUUCAGCUUUAUAUAUUCACCCUCCUCUUUUUUACCUACGUAUUGAUGGGUAUUGUUUCAUUUUUACUUGCUCCACACCAGACUGGUGGGAAAGGGGUAGCUGUGCUGAAUUCUCCACUGUAGUCUAAUCACACUCACAUUAGAAUCUGUGCUCGUGGUUCCAAUGGUUUUAUAUAUUGGACUUCCUGAACGGACUAGUGCUCAGAGGAGAUGAAGUUUAGGUAAUAUCAUCUAACUGAGGUGUGAGUUUCAGAAGGCUUCGGAGAGCGUGAAGGGGGCAGAUGCAUAAGCAAUUGACCAAGACGCAAAGUCACUGUGAUCUCCAACGCCCCGGUUACCAACAGUGUCCAAGGAUCUCGACGCUGUUUCAUCCACCAAGACCUCAAGCAAACACAAGCGACAUUCUCAGAGCGGAGAUGACUUGGGUGGGAAGACUUGGAUGAAAGAAGGUCCGGGAAUAUGGAUGACUAUUUCAUGUUGAAGGGUUUAAGACUGCUCAGUGUCUUCCUCAUAGCCAAAGUGUUUCGGGUCACUGGCUGUCCCUACGGCUGCAAUUGUAGCCAGUUUUCAAUCAACUGCACGGGCGCUCACCUCCAGCAGUUCCCACUGGACAUCCCCUUUGCUACCAAACAACUGCUCUUCUGUAAUAACAACAUCUCCGGCCUCCCCGUCCACCUCAACUACCUGGGCGGGCUGGUUCACCUGGAUCUCAGCAACAACUCGCUGGCCGAGAUCUCCCAGAGCGCCUUGGUCAACAUGCAGAGGUUGGUGUAUCUGGACCUCAGCCGCAACCGUCUGCGGGAGCUCACCCACCUCGCCUUCAGCUACCUGGCUAAUAUGGUGGUGCUGAAAGUGAGCGGCAACAAGGAGUUGACUUUCGUGGACAGCCGGGCGCUCUCUGCAAACCCCAAGCUGCAAGACCUUGACUUGAGCGGGAACGGUUUGACCUUCAUAGAUGUCAACAUCUUGUCUGCGCUCACUCACCUCAGAUCAGUGCGCUUGGCAGGAAACCCUUGGGUGUGCAAUUGCAACUCGGAAAACCUAAUUAGUUGGAUAAGAAGAAACAGGCGAAUUAUUCCAGAUGUUGCAGAAGUCACCUGUGCAUUUCCAGAUUCUUUGCAAGGAGUCCUUGUCACGGAAAUUGCAGAUAGACUAUUCCCACUCUGUCAUAGGAAACGGGAAUUUAAACUGAGCGAAAUCCUUUACUUUUGCCUAAUCGGCCCAGGGCUAUUUUCGGCAAGCAUUGCACUCAACUUGACUUUCAGCUUGUUGAUGGUUUUCCACAAGAGGAUCAAGAAGAAAGAUAUGAAGCACUAUCGCAAACUCCGCAGGGCCAUCUCGUUUAAAUACUCCAAGCGGCCGAACUUAAUUAUUCAGCAAAUCAAUACCAAAGCCUUCGCAAAUGGGGGUGCAACAAUCGGAGUGCAACUCAGCAGAUGACUUUACAUCUGACCUGUUACUGUGAAAGGAUGUCCACACUGAGAAUGACCAUAGGAUAUGAAGUAAAAUUACAGUAUUGCCUUAAUGUCGACACAAUCAGAAAACCAUCUCAAUCAAUAGGAUUUACAAUUGCUAUUCUGAAACUCCAUCUCGUCGCAUGUUGAACCUCAAGGAUUUUUACACAUUUAUUUGUUGGAAACCAGAAUCAGGUUUUAGGAUUCAAAAUUCUGCAAAUGAAAUUUGUUAACAGUGUAAUUUUAUUUUUUUAAAUUAUUUUUCCGUUAGAUAAACUAAAAUUGUGAAUGUUAGAUCAUUAUCAACUCUGUCUCUCUGUAAAACAAUGCCGUGAUAAUUCAUUUCAUAUGAGCAAUUUUGAAACAAUGAAUGUAGAGAAUAAAUUAACUGGCAGGAACACAUGGAAACUCUCUGUACAGAUUAAAGAGAUUUGGUGGUUAGAAGUGUUUGCUUUGACUCAUUUAUUCUUUUUAAAAUUGGGCCAAGUUUGGCUUUCAAUAAGAUUUUAAAUAAAGCAUUCAACAGAGGUUGAAUGUUGAAAUGAGUUAUUCUUUAUACCUUGCAGAGCUGGUGUGAAUCCAGCAUAGGCUGAUGUAAAAGAAGGCCCUUCUAUCAUAGUCAUACAGUGUGGAAACAGGCCCUUCGGCCCAACUUGCCCAUGCCGACCAAUAUGCCCCAUGUAGGGAAUAGAUAGGGUGAAUACAGAGAGGUUUUUUACCCAGGAUCAGGAAACAGGAACCAGAGGUUUACGAUCAGAAACAAGAGAUUAUAUUCAAGAAUCUAGAUUUAAGGUGAGAGGGAAAUGAUUUCAUAGGAACCUGAGGAGUAACAUUUGCAUACAGGGGGUGGUGGGCAUUUGGAACGAGCUGCCAGAGGAGGUAAUAAAGACAGGAAAGUAAAUUCCGUUAGUACAGUUUAGUUUGGAAACAGGCC